UGGCGAGUUUGGGACCAGCAUCGCGUCAUUCAAGACAUGGCUACAGUAAAACGAGGGAGGGAUGGAGGCGUUGUGAUUUUUAUCAACGGUGUCUCGGGGUUUCAUUAUGAUUUUUUAAAGCCAAACUUUAUGAAUGAAAUGUGAUUUUUUUUUCUCGCUCUCCCUCAUCCUCACCCCUCCUCUCCUCCUUACCUUUUCUAAUCGCUCCCCUCCCCCCCAUCUCUCGUUUCCUCUCCAUCCUCUCACCCACUCGUUCCUUUUUUUCCUUUCCCUUUUUCACACGCGAUUGUAUUGUAUUUAGGCCUUGUACAUUUUCCGGCGAAAUAUCUCACGCACGGUGCGAUGUCGAAGCCAGUCUCGCUCUACCCCAUUCAUAAAAAAUAGAACAUAAUAUCGGGGGUUCUUUAAUCAGUGCGUGCAGCAGGGGCGGAAUUGCAACACUUAAAAUUCAGUGUGAUUUGAGAAUAACAAAAAGACGCGGCUGUGCAUGCAUCACAUGCACAUGUCCAACUGCGGUGCUGAAUUAUUCAGCCGACUGUGUGCGUGUUCGUGCAGUGGUGAUGACGCGUGACGACUCCAGUGGCGGUUGGGUGCCCCUUGGAGGUGGUGGCCUCAGUCAUGUAGUCAUAUGUAAAGGGCGGAGUCCUGACGGCAGGGGGCGGCGAGAAUACAUCAUACGCGGAGAGCGGCUGCGAGAUCGAGCACCAGUGUUGGAGUGUGCAGUGCAAAGGGGGUUAGUGUACAACAAGGUGAACCCCAUCUUCCAUCACUGGCGAGUAGAAAAUCGGAAGUUUGGCCUUACGUUCCAGAGUCCUGCCGAUGCCAUCUCCUUUGAGAAAGGGCUGCAGACGGUCCUAGACAAGCUCGACAGAGGCUCUGACUCGCCCUCGUCCUCCACACCAGAAGAAGCCGACACCGAGGAUGACGGACAAGCUUCUCAUACAGGAAGUGAGUCGUCAUCCAACAGCAGAAAGGAGAUGCUUCCCAAACCCAUCACCAUAGUAACGAGCGAGUCGUCGUCUACCUGCUUCGUGCGGCCGGAGGAGUUUAGCUUCGGAUCCAGCCAUGCUCUCAUCACUCAGACACCUGCUCAGAUCCACACCAGGCCGGGACAGCACCAGCUCUCACAAAUGACGGCUGUAUUGAAUCCACCGGCACCCCCGCCUCCACCUCCUGCUCCACCUACUCCUCCUGUGGGUCCCCCGGCCUCAUCUCCUCUGUCCCCCCUCUCCCCCACCAUUUCGCUCCUGGAAGAGGGAGACCUGCACAGUGUAGACCCUUGCAAAGACCUGUGGGGUUCUCGAGGUUAUGAGGAUUACAGACGGGCGGGGGCCACUAGGACUAUGGUCGGGGGGCUGACCGGGGGUGUGGUUGUCGGUGGCGGGGGGAGCCUGCAGGACAAGUCCGAGCUGUGCGUGGUUCGCUUUGAGAAGGAGCUGGCAGGAGUGGGCACAGCCGGCUGCGAAGUGACGGUGAGCCUGGACAGUAAAGCCUCGCAGCGGCUGUCCACGUCGUCGCCCACCUGUGUGUCCACGCCCAACGCUGUGUCGGGCGUGUCCUCGUCUGCCGGCUCGCCCCAGGAGACGUGCAAAGGCUCGCCCUCUCCCUGCUGCAUCCACACCUCAUUGGCCACGCCCCGGUCGCGGACUCGUAAGAGAGGAGGAGGAGGAGGAGGAGGAGGGGCCAGCAGUGGCGGCGACCCGGCGGCGAUCUCCCCCGACGACGACAGCCCAUGUCCUCAGGCUUCGUCGUCGUGCUCGUCCCGCUGCGUGUACUGCCGCUCUGUGUUCAGCGCUUCGGAGAACGGGCGGGGCCGCUGCAGAGAUGCCCCGGACCCGGCCCUGCACUGCCUGCGCCAGUGGACCUGCGUGUGGUGCGCAGAGAGUCUGCUCUACCACUGCAUGUCAGACUCUGAGGGAGAGUUCUGGGAGCCGUGCUCGUGUGAAGACUCGCUGGGGGGCCACCCGCACCCCCUUUGCUGUGCCCGCUGGUUGGCCCUCCUGGCCCUGUCGCUCUUCGUGCCCUGCAUGUGCUGCUACGUGCCUUUGCGCGCCUGCCUGCGGUGUGGGGAGAGGUGUGGCUGCUGUGGGGGAAAGCACAAGGCGGUCCGAUGA